GCUGAGGCAGCUCUGCCAGGACACUACCAGCGACGGAGAAAAGGCAAAAAUAGCCGCUGAGAGGAGCAGGAAUCCUCCAACUGCCGCGUUGUUUUAAGUGAUGUAGAGAAAAGGGGGACUGAGUUGCUCUUUGAUUAAACAGCAGGACCCAUGACCCUGACACGAGGAUCCUUCACCUACUCAAACGGGGAGGAGUACCACGGCGAAUGGAAAGAAGGUCUGCGUCAUGGCCUGGGUCAGCUGACCUUCAGCGACGGGACGUGCUACACCGGACAGUUUGAGAACGGCCUCUUCAACGGCUGUGGGAUGCUGGUUUUCCCUGAUGGCUCCAGGUAUGAAGGUGAAUUUGUGCAGGGGAAGUUUCAAGGCACCGGUGUCUUCACUCGCUUCGAUGGGAUGAGGUUUGAAGGCGAGUUCAAAAGCGGAUGUGUGGACGGCUACGGAGUGCUGACGUUUGCGGACGGAGGCCCCAGCGGCGGAGGCGGCAGCCAUGAGGGCCUGUUUGAGACCAACCAGCUGAUGAGGAGAGAGAACAGCCAGGGAGCCGUACAGAGGGCGCAGGCAGCAGCCGCCAAGGCCCGAGCUCUGGCCAUGUGACCUGGACUACAUCACCCACAGUGCCCCACUACCAGGAUCAUCCUCCCCCCGUCAUCCUCCUACUGGUUUGAACAGCUGAUUAUGUUAUUUAUGUUCUUUUGUAUCUAUUUGUCUUCACAUUAUUUCUCAUACAUGUAACCUGCACUAUUCUCUAGAGUGGAAAUCAAUGGCUCCAGGUCUUUUUUUACAUCCAGUUAGAAAGCCACUGAUUCAGGAUCAGCUGAGCCAAAUACAGAUUUACUGUUCAGUCAACACACUGGUGCUAAGUCUGCUUCAGGGUCAGCUAAUCUGACGAAGUACAACUCUGGAUUCAAAAGUGCAUAUGGACGUUUUCCAGUAAACACUGAUUUGGUGAUUUUCAUGUCUAAACAUCUGAGUUGAAACUGAGCUCAAUUUGGUUAAAAUGUAGAAAGUUUUUUAGAAGUCCAGGUAGAGUUAGGAGUUCAAGAGUAUUUUCUAAAAUCUGAAUCCUCUUAUCGACUCUGCUUAUCAUAUCUGAGUCCUUUCAAAUCCCUGAUUGAACGCCUUACCGAUUCAAGUUUUCAACAAUUGCAAGCAAUACAAGUUAUAAAUAGCUAAAACUCAAAGAAUCAAUUUAUAUCUGUCACUCUUUCGCCAGUGAGAAGGAAGAAAAAAUUAGUGACAGCCUAAUUAAUGUUUACAACUUGGGAGUUACAACCUUAAAAUUAGCUUAGCAGCCACAGAUAGAAAAGUGUUGAUUAAAUGUGCCUGACAUGCUGAAAUAACAGCUGUAGUUUAGCUACUUUGCAUGCAUUGUUAUUAACAUGCUACUUCCUGAAACUUGUGGAGGUCUCAGUUCAAAACGAUGACAUUAACAAGCAACAAGGUCUGUGAGAUCUUUUCAGUCUGUUGUUGUUGGGCUAUAAAAAUAAGGAUGUUAAAGAGUGGGAAUAAUCGACAGAGUACAGACACUCACUCGCAGAAAGCUCAUUAAUAUUUACUAUAUCAGUGCAUUUGGCUGCAAUUGAUAUCAUCUGCUGCGCGUGAUGUUUGUCAUUUUAAGCUGUGAAAGCAGUCGAUUGGUGCUGGAAAAAUAAAUGAGACGCCAGCUAAUGUUGCCUGAAAGAUUUUUAUGUUACUCUGUGUUAACAGAAAAGAGCAAUGAGAGAGAAAAGAUUUGAGAAGAGAUUUUUCCACAGUGUAACAACUCUGGGUGUUCUGCUGAGCAGGAACUGGAUCCAACGUUUGGUGCCCAAUCCUAGAUAUUGUCUACAUACAUUAUAAUUGUUACAACUGCAUUUAAAUUAAUAUAUUUAAGAUGUAAUUACCUGACUGACAGUGAAAUAUAGUCUUUUAAAUACUGAGAAAACAAGUUGGAUUUUACAGGUCUGUAAUUUCCUGGGCAGUUCCAUUUGGUACCAAUUAUAAGGAACAUAGAGGCGUGUUGAAUUGGUACACCUUCAAUUAAUUUGUUUCAGAUAGGAGUGUCACUGGUAUUGAUGAGAACCAUCAUCUGCCACUAUCCAUUAUGUGUCAUGGUUACAGACUCUCUCCACCUCCCUACACUAACUUAAUGCUUUACUCAGUGCAGCACAGGUCAGCUUAUCUAUGUGCAAGUGCACAAUUCAACAUAAAGAAUAUAAUGCCAAUAAUUAUUGAGUGAUGAAGAAAUAAUAAUGAGCAGUUCUUCCAAGAAAAAUCCUCUGGAAAUCAGCUUCUGCUCAUACAGCUACAAGAGCUGAAUUUUCUCUCUACGUUUCUUAUUAAUAAAAUAAAACUUAUUAGGAGAUUAUGAGGAAACAAACUUACUUUUCAAUCAAAUUCUGUCCAGUUUCAACUUCGACAUGUUUUGACUUUUAAAUCACCACAUCAGUAUUAACUGGGUUUCCUGCCUUCCUGUUAAAAAAAUCUCAUUUGCUCUGACAUCUGACCUCUCAUUGGUGCUCUGGUAUCAGAAUAGAAGUUGUUUACUGAAAGUUAGAGAGAUGUCAGAAAGGUGAAGAAAAGGUGAGCAGUUUUUUUUUCCCUUUCACUCAGUGCCAUUAUAACUCAGUCUGAUCACAGAUCAGCAGGAACAUCCUCCUCAGUGCCAACCACGCAGUGCCAACGGGCUGCGGCUGAUCCCGAAUCAGUGGCUCAACAUCAGAGAGGAAGAGGGGAUGAACAGCAGAGGUAGAGGGAGGGGGGUGUAACGAGUGCAAUUUGAUAAAAACGUGCAAUUUCCUGCCUGAAAGCAAGAUUCCCCUCCCAGGAUGAGGAGCUGCCUGCAAACGAAGGUUUGUGGGUCAGAGAGGCUCAUCUAAUAAAACAGAGCCCGGGUGUCAAAUGACUCUCUGAACUCCAACGGUUUCAUUCCAGGGUUACAUGCAAAGGGCCUUUUUUGUCUUAUAAGCAAAACUUCUUCUUUUUUUUUUUAAUCAGGAAUCCAUAACGUGCUUUACUUUAAUGGACUAAUUCACCAAAACAAGACCUAAUGAUUAUUUAGAGUGUUUUUUUCUGUGUUUUUGAAAUGAAACUCUUCCUUCAGCCAGUGCAGUGUUUGGCAGAAUCGCUCUCUGCUGUUUUAUGCAGCUUGUGUUUUUUCUUUUCUUUCUACUUAUCACAUCCUUGAUUAAUGAUGUCACUUUCCAAUGUUUAGUGUUUGUGUGUAAAUCACCAAAAAUCCCUUCUCAAAAGAAGAAAACAACAAAAAACAGGUGUAAGCAUCACUGUUGUGAAGUUAACAAAGCUUGUGAUAAGCUCUAACUAACACAUAUUUCACACGUGUGUCGUGCCUGCUGGGAAUCAGCGUCUGUCUGUGUAAUGAGACUGGUGUGUAGAUGUGCCAUACGUGUGUGCGUAUGUACAUAGUCGUGUUGUGGGUGGCGGGUUGGUGGGUGGGGGGCUGGGGUAUUAAAUGGGAAAUGGAGUUAAUUGUCGGUUAUGUGAUUAUCUCGGAGUACGAUUAAUUUAGGAUGUGGUUCAGGGGGCUGAUGUCUUCUCCACUGAACAAUUUGACAGUGACACCUAAAACAGCCGGACUGAUGGAGGCAUCUCACACCUUUUAAUUGGCUCUGGGAUCUGAACAGAGACACUGUUAAAUGGAGCUGACUGUUGCCUUUAGCUGGGGGGGACUUCAGUGAUCUGUCAGUCUUGGAUACUGUGUUAUUACCAGACAAAAACAUUGUGACUACAGUUUGUUUUUAUUGAUAUGUUUGAGUUUGUAACAUUAUUUCACUGAAUGAUCCCGUGUUCCUCCACAGUCUGAGAAAACGUCGCGGAUCACUAAACCCUUUAAAACGCACCUUAAAAUCUCAACUUGAAAAGUUGCCGUUUGAUAUUAACAUGUACGGUUUUCACCUUAAUGUGACUGAUUUCUUGUUUCACUGUGAAGCGUCUCCAUGAUGGAGAAGGGUGCAGUCGAAAUCCACCCUAAGACAGAAUUCACAAAAAAUUUGAUUUGCUAAACUCGUCCAAAUGAAUCAUCAGCCUUAAGGAACAGUUCAACAUUUGGGAAAUAACAUAUAUUUGCUUUCUUGCUGUUACAUGAGAGGAUCAAUACCUGUCUUCCUGAUUUUUACAAAAACAUAUUUACCAAAACAUAAAACUACCCCUUUAAGGGAGCACACUGGUAUUUCAGAAAUAUGCUUCUGUAUUGUCUUAAGAAGGAGACAGAUAUUCAUUUCAUCUUGUUGGAAGGCCUAGAGUCUAGAUAAAACACCUCUAAAAUGCCAGACUGUUCCUUUAAGUUGUAAUCAUGUAUAUAUUUUUAUAGAUUAUUAUUAUGGAUUAUUGGAUCACCCAACAGAAAUAACAAUAACAGUGCAGGAAGAUGAAGUUCAGAUAGUGUGUUUUUUUUAAGUGAAUUCUGUUUUAGAGGUGAUUUCAAACACUCUGAGGAGACUUGUUGCCUUUUAAAUGGGUUAUUUUAACAGAACUUGUCCAUUUUGAAGCUGUCUAGAUUUUUUUAUUUUCGCCCCUGAGGCUCAAUGACUGUUUCUUUUACACCAGGACUCUGCUGAUCUCGUUGGUUUUCUGUUGAAUGUAGAUUUUCAUUUUUCUUUCUCAGUAUUUCAGCUGAAUUAAGAGAAAGUCUAUACUUGUGUCACUUAUUUCACACACACACACACACACACACACACACGUGAGGGUGAGGACUGGAGUUGUAAUCAGCAUCAUUAUUGUGAUUAGUUUCACAGUAUUCACUCACACUCUUUCACACAAACACACACUAGAGUCGGUGCCGGCCUGGUGUACGAACAAAACCAAACCCAUUACCAUAAUCAUAAUCUGUAAUGAGAAAAGAGGCAAAGAGCGUACCACGGCUCUGUAACUGUUGGUCAACAAGUGAGCGACUCAAGACUGAAAAAAAAGAAGAACAGUCACAGAGGGAGUUAACGAGUGCCUGAACAAAAACCUUCUUCUACUGUGCUUUGAAUACUUUGAAUACUGCCUGACUGUUUUACUAACUUCUUUCUCAAGUGUCACUGGUUUUUUUUUUUCAAAGAGUCUGUUUGUCUUUUCUCUGCUUAAUGAAGAAAGAGGAAGAAGCAGCGUGGGGGUGGAGGACAGUGUUUGACCAGAAUAUAUAUGACACUCUGGUGAGAUUAAAGCCGUGAUGACUAACGACACGACCGACUCGCUGCCUUCACUCACGGUGGAGCUCCACGUCUGCUUUGGGCUCAGUUAUUGACACAAGAGCUCAUUUAAAGUAUGUGGGAAACUGGACAGGAAAGUAACUAACUGUAACCUUUAAAAUGACUCAGUACCAGAAAUAUUUUGAUUUUCAGCAACAGGAAAAGAAACACUUUGAUUUAACCAGGUAAAGGUCCCACACUAUCUAGUUUUAUUUCACUGUAAGAAUAAUGUUUUCAAAAUAAGGAGCUUUUUACAUGUAACACACAUAUUUUUCCACCUGUGAAAACAGCUGUAUAAUGUCGUCUGUGACUCUGGAUGAGUUUAGUUGAAUCUGAGAUAAUGAUUUAUUUUUUUAAUAGCAGGACUUCAUCACAAACUGUGUUUAUGGGGUUUAAAGGAAGCUGGCAUUUACAAGGCAGUGAGAGUCAAAUGAAAGAUGCUAUUGAGUUGCAUCAUGGGAAUUGUAGGAUCCAAUGAUUCUACAACUCUGCCUCUGCUUCAGUUUAAAGAAAAAAAUCUCCUGCACAGUCCCAAAUCAUGAAAAUGUGCAAAACUAAAUGACUGGAGUUCAGUUUAAAGGGAGUAUUUGUUAACCCAUGAAAAGACUGAUUUUAAAUGAGGUAAACUUGCUGCAUGGAGGCUUUUAGCUGCUGACUGGAUGAGACUCACUGAUGAUGCUUUUACUGAGGUUAAUGAGAAAGUGGCUGGAAAAACGAUUGAAGUUUUGAAAAUCAAGAAACAACAACGUCUGCCUCUUGAGUGAAACUGAUUCUAAGCUGAGAGUGAACUUCCUCCCUGACCUUGGAAAUUGUAGUUUUACAAAACAUCCUUGAAGAAGCCCUGUGGAGUUUUCUUGUAAACAAACAAAAGUACUGUGUUUAUCCUUGAGGUUCUGAGUGUUGAGUGUUUUUUCUUCCACACAAAACAUUUUCAUGGUGAUUUUAAAUUGUGGAUUAUUCCCAUCCGUGUUUACUAGUAAGUGUCUGCAGCAGUAGGUGUUACUGAUGUUACAUUUUCAGGUAUGAGAGUCCAUGAUUAUCAAAUAAAAACCUAGGAUUUGUAAAAUGCUAGUUAUCAAUACUUGGUUAAAUGCUACAAUUAGAAAUAACAGCAGCAGAGAAGAGGAGUCUCAUCAUGUGACCACCGGAGGAUACCAACAAGAUAAUGGCGUUGGAUUUGGUGUCAAAGCAAAAGCGUCUUUUUGGCAAUAUUUCAGAUUUAGAUCCAACGCCAAGAUGGAGUCUGAGAACAUUAACGAGGCAUUCUGACAGCAUCUGAACGUAACACUUCUAAUCAGAUACCGAACUUCCUCACUGGUGCAUUAGCGCCACCGGUUAAAACGACAGAGCAGCAUCAAAAAAAUGGCAAAAUUGUGCCGUCCAGAUUCUUCUGCACGUGCACACUACAAACAAAGAGCUCAGCUCAUUAAAACAGCUGCUCAUUAGGGCUACUGGUGGUCAAAAACUCCACAGGGCAUCUUCAGCUAAAGGUCCACGUUUUCUGGAGCUUUCAACUGCAUCUCAUCAUUCAUUGGCACAUAGAGUCUGAUCAGCUGUUACGAUGAAGUCCACAUUAUGCAUCAUUUACCCAUAAUUAAAGACAAUCAAAGCUCAAUGGCCUUUAGGUAGAAAACAUGUUAGACUCUUACCAAAAAUAAACAUAAGCAGAAAGUAUGCAAAGAUGUUUGGUUCUGUUCAGUCACGAGCUUCACAGUCACCUUCGCCCACAGCUGAACGUGCAGACGUAGAAUCUAGAUAAUGUGGGACCUUUUCAGUAAAUCCUCGGACACAUGUCUGUUUCACACGGGGCUUCGUCCCUGUCUCGGCACCUUUAAACACUAAAAAACACACAUCUGAACACUGAAACCUGAGGCCUGCUGUUGUCACAAAGCCAUAAUGUCACUUUUGCCGUUUCUUAUAAAUUUGUUGCAAGAUGAUGAUGUCAUGAAAAAAAUGUAAAAAAAAAUUAAUAAUAAUAAUAAGCAGCAUUUGGUAUUUUAAAUGGAAACUAAUCCACAGAGGAAAAAUAAAGAAAAUGCAUGAAAAUGAACCAGAUUAGAAGCCUUUUGUUGUCUCUUUUGU